GUGAAUGUCUGGGUAUAUGAGACAAAGCAGGCAAGUUUUAAAAGGAGGAGGAGUUCGCUCCCAUCUAGAGUAAUCACACGAGAUAUAAACCCACUAAGACAAGAGAACACAAAGCAGAUUCUUCUGAGCACCUUCCAGAGAGCAAGGGGUACUUUAAAAGAUUUCAUUACUAUCUGUCUACAUCCCUUCGCUUCCCGCCAGCACACAGUGAGUACCAUCAUAAUGUCAUAUAGUGAUAACCAUUAAUGUUACACCUGCUUUUCUCAUUUAUUACAACAUUCUAUUCUAUGUCUUAAGAAAUGCGAUGCAUCAUUAUCACCAUUAACCCCUAGUGUGCCAGCGCAAUGGCUCAGAAUAACUUGCACUGAAAGGGUUAAGCGACUUUAAAUCAACCUAUAUACUGUUUUUUUUGUUAUUCUGGAAAGUAUAUGUGCUGUAAUAAGUGUAGCAUAUAUAGAUUGCUGUUCUAAAAAAGUAAAAAUAUUUAGUCUUUUACUAAGCCAUCGCAUAGUGAAAUAUUUUGAGAAAUGUUUAAAGAAAAUAUUUUGUGAUAAAGAAGUUAUUUUAAAUAAUAGUUCAUUAACAGUAAAUUAAAUGUAAGCAUUGAGCACGUAUUCCAUUUUCACCGGAUCUGCUCCAUUUAUUUUAUAGCCUCUUCUACAAUGGUUCAAUAUAGCUCCGCAGAUUAGCAUCUACUACACAAUCCCACCUUCAUUAAUGUUUUAAUUAUAUUUUAAGUUCUAAAUGUUUUAAAAUCCGUUUUGUAAUAUUUCUCUCAUAACCUUUACUUAUUUUAGUCCAUAUUACCUCUCCCUAUAACUCCUCAUAUUAUGCCAUAUAAACUCUCCAUAUAACACCUUUGAUUGCUCAAUAUAACAUCUCCCCAUAACUCCCCCUGUUACUCCAUAUGAUUGCUAUCAAUAUCUCUGUCUUUUACUCUAUAUAACCUCUCCCUAUAACUCCUCCUUUUACUCCAUAUAACCUCUCCCUAUAACUCCUGCUAUUACUCCAUAUAAACUCUUGCUAUAACUCCGCCUAUUACUCCAUAUAACAUCUUCCUAUAACUUCUAUUACUACAUAUAACCUCUCUCUAUAACUCCUCCUAUUACUCCAUCUAACCUCUCUCUAUAACUCCUCCUAUUACUCCAUCUAACCUCUCUCUAUAACUCCUCAUAUUACUCCAUAUAACCUCUCUUUAUAACUCCUCCUACUACUCCAUAUAACCUCUCUCUAUAACUCCUCAUAUUACUCCAUAUAACCUCUCUUUAUAACUCCUCCUACUACUCCAUAUAACCUCUCCCUAUAACUCCUCCUAUUACUCCAUAUAACCUCUCCCUACAACUCCUCCUAUUACUUCAUAUAACGUCUCUAUAACUCCUCCUAUUACUCCAUAUAACCUCCCUAUAACUCCUCAUAUAACUUCAUAUAACCUCUCUCUAUAACUCUUCCUAUUACUCCAUAUAACCUCUCCCUAUAACUCCUGCUAUCACUCCAUAUAACCUCUCCCUAUAACUCCUCCUAUCACUCCAUAUAACCUCUCCCUAUAACUCCUCCUAUUACUCCAUAUAACCUUUCCCUAUAACUCCUCCUAUUACUCCAUAUAACCUCUCCCUAUAACUCCUCCCAUUACACCAUAUAACCUCUACCUAUAACUCCUCCUAUUACUCCAUAUAACCUCUCCCUAUAACGCCUCCUAUUACUCUAUAUAACCUCUCUCUCUAACUCCUCCUAUUACUCCAUAUAACCUCUCCCUAUAACUCCUGCUAUCACUCCAUAUAACCUCUCCCUAUAACUUCUCCUAUCACUCCAUAUAACAUCUCCCUAUAACUCCUCCUAUUACUCCAUAUAACCUCUCCCUAUAACUCCUCCUAUCACUCCAUAUAACCUCUCCCUAUAACUCCCCCUAUUACUCCAUAUAACCUCUCCCUAUAACUCAUUCUAUUACUCCAUAUAACCUCUCUCUAUAACUCCUCCUAUUACUCCAUAUAACCUCUCCUUAUAACUCCUCCUAUUACUCCAUAUAACCUCUCUCUAUAACUCCUCCUAUUACUCCAUAUAGCCUCUCCCUAUAACUCUUUCUAUUACUCCAUAUAACCUCUCCCUAUAACUCUUUCUAUUACUCUAUAUAACCUCUCUCUAUAACUCCUCCUAUUACUCCAUAUAACCUCUCCAUAUAACUCCUCCUGUUACUCUAUAUAACCUCUCUCUAUAACUCCUCCUAUUACUCCAUAUAACUUCUCCUUAUAACUCCUCCUAUUACUCCAUAUAACCUCUCUCUAUAACUCCUCCUAUUACUCCAUAUAACUUCUCCUUAUAACUCCUCCUAUUACUCCAUAUACCCUCUCUCUAUAACUCCUCCUAUUACUCUAUAUAACCUCUCUCUAUAACUCCUCCUAUUACUCCAUAUAACCUCUCCCUAUAACUCCUCCUAUUACUCCAUAUAACUUCUCCUUAUAACUCCUCCUAUUACUCCAUAUACCCUCUCUCUAUAACUCCUCCUAUUACUCCAUAUAACCUCUCUCUAUAACUCCUCCUAUUACUCCAUAUAACCUCUCCCUAUAACUCCUCCUAUUACUCCAUAUAACCUCUCCCUAUAACUCCUCCUAUUAUUCCAUAUAACCUCUCACUAUAACUCCUCCUAUUACUCCAUAUAGCCUCUCCCUAUAACUCUUUCUAUUACUCCAUAUAACCUCUCUCUAUAACUCCUCCUAUUACUCCAUAUAACUUCUCCUUAUAACUCCUCCUAUUACUCCAUAUACCCUCUCUCUAUAACUCCUCCUAUUACUCCAUAUAAACCUCUCUCUAUAACUCCUCCUAUUACUCCAUAUAACCUCUCCCUAUAACUCCUCCUAUUAUUCCAUAUAACCUCUCCCUAUAACUCCUCCUAUUACUCCAUAUAGCCUCUCACUAAAACUCCGCCUAUUACUCCAUAUAGCCUCUCCCUAUAACUCUUUCUAUUACUCCAUAUACCUUAGCUAUAGAACGCCUUCCCUUAACUCUCUCAUGACUUUGUAUUGUCAAAAGAAUUGGUACAUAUUAGACAGUCUGUGAUGAGAACUAUAUAUAAAAUGCUCCUUAUGACAAGCUCGAUGAUAAAUUUCUGCUACAAAAUAAGGUCCUGUUACAUGAGGAUGGCAGGAAGCCAGUGAACCAUAGGAAAAAUAAAGACUCAAAAAUAUUAGUUAUUACAUCACACUAUUCUCUGCAACUUAGUGGGGAACGCCAUUUUAGUUCCUUAUGUUAAAUCGGUUCCACUACCUAGCAACCUUCCACCUGUAUCCACCUGUAUCCACCUGUAUCACACAAACCAUGCACAGUUCUGAGGCAAAGAGAUAACCAUGGAUACCAACUGAACAUUUCUUGUUUUGUUUCGAUAUUUGUGUCCGUGUCAGCCUAAACAAAAGAACUCCAUCUAAAUUAAAGGGCAGCUGUUUAAAAAAAAAUUUUUUUUAUAUAAGUAUAUGUAAGAAAAUGAGAAAAUCUCAUCCCCACUUUUAGUAUAUGACAGGAUUCUUCAGCCAUAUACAUACACCUUGGGUCGGACACUGAUUGAACACUGACAGUUAGUCUCUAUGGUCUUUCUAGCUUCACUCCCUGCACAGAAACAUGGAUAGACCAUAGAGACUAACUGUCGGUGUUCAAAUAGUGUCCUAGCCAAGGCGCAUGUAUAUGGCCGAAGGAUCCUGUCAUAUACUAAAGGAAACUAUGAGUUUUUCGAUUUUUUUUUACAUAUACUUCAUUUAAAAAAUAUAUCUUUCCUUUCAAUACUUGAUGAAAAACGUACGAUAUUAAUAUUAUUUUUGAGGUGACAGUUGUCCUUUGAAUAACUUACAAAAAGAGAACAGAAACUAAAAUUCUUCAACCUCGUCCCUCUUUUUAUCUUACUAGCUUUGGGAAGUUUCGUUACAGCACCAUUCUUCAACCUCGUCCCUCUCUUUAUCUUACUAGCUUCGGGAAAUUUCGUUACAGCACCAAAUUUUUUAAAACAUUUUACUUCUUAUAAGUUUAAAGAAAAAUUUAUUUUCCCCAGGUGCUGGGAUGAUCACUGUGAAGGUUAUAUAAUAAACUGUAGCUCUUCCAGAAUUCAAAGCAAAUUUGAAAUUUUAGGCCAAAAUUGCAGAAUUGUCUAAAUUCUGUUAGGUUUUCAGUUUGCUAAUUUGGAGAAAAGUUUAAAAUUGAGAGAGUGAAUACAUAACAUUAUUGCCAUUGCACGGUUUCGGGAAUCAUCAUAAACAGAUGGCAUUAAUUCCCCUCUAAUAAAAGCUUUUACUAUGUUGUAUCUUUAAAUUUAUAUGGUAUUUUUAAGUUAAGGUUGGUGUAGAGGAUAGUGUUACAGGGCGGUUCACUACAGUGAGCAUUCGAGGUGAAUUCAAAUUAAAUUUCAAGUUUAAAGCUGAAUUAGUCGAACUAGAAAAAUUCUCUAAGUGAGCUAAGCUUUAAGUUUGGCUAUUCUAGCCUUACAUUUAAAAUUCAGUUUGAUUUUACUUUGAUUUACGACUUUUGUAAAUAACCCAGUUAAAAUAAGGGUUCAGAGUUUGUGAUAGUGAAGUGUAGUGUUGUGUAGUGAGCAGAGUGAUGUUUAAUGAUAAUGUUAUUGUAGUGUAGGGAGUAAUGUUUAGUGAUAGUAUUAUUAUAAUGUAGGGAGUAAUGUUUAGUGAUAGUAUUAUUAUUAUAUAGGGAAUAAUGUAGCGAUAGUGUUAUUAUAGUGUAGGGAGUAAUGUUUAGUGAUAUUAUUAUAGUGUAGGGAAUAAUGUUUAGCGAUAGUGUUAUUAUAGUGUAGGGAGUAAUGUUUAGUGAUAGUAUUAUUAUAGUGUAGGGAGUAAUGUUUAGUAAUAAUGUUACUAUAGUGUAGGGAGUAAUGUUUCGUGAUAGUGUUAUUAUAGUGCAGGUAGUAAUGUUUAGUGAUAGUAUUAUUAUAGUGUAGGGAGUAAUGUUUAGUGAUAGUGUUAUUAUACUGUAGGGAGUACUACACUAUACUACACUAUACUACAGUGUACUACAUUAUCACUAAACAUCACAUCGUACAUUACAUUAUCACUAAACUUCACCUUGCACACUACACUAUCACUAAACAUCACCUCGCACAUUACACUAAUACUGAUCAUCAGCACGUACACUACAUUAUCACUAAACAUCACAUCGUACACUACAUUAUCACUAAACAUCACCUCGCACACUACACUAAUACUAAUCAUCAGCUCGUACACUACACUAUCACUAAACAUCACCUCGUACACUAUAUUAUCCCUAAACAUCAUCUCAUACACUGCAUUAUCACUAUACUUUACCUUGCACACUACACUAUCACUAAACAUCACCUUGUACACUACAUUCACACUAAACAGCACCUCGUACACUACAUUAUUACUAAACAUCACCUCGCACACUACACUAAUAUUAAUCAUCAGCUCGCACACUACAUUAUCACUAAACAUCACCUUGUACACUACACGCUCACUAAACAUCACCUUGCACACUACACUAUCACUAAUUAUCAGCUCGCACACUAUCACUAAUCAUCAGCUCAUACACUACAUUUUCACUAAACAUCACCUUGCACACUAUACUAUCACUAAACAUCACCUUGUACACUACAUUAUCCCUAAACAUCAACUUGUACACUACACUAUCACAAAACAUUAUCUCGUACACUACAUUCACACUAAACAUCACCUCGUACAUUACAUUAUCACUAAACUUCACCUCGCACACUAUACUUUCACUAAUCAUCAUCUCGUACACUACAUUCACACUAAUCAUCACCUCGUACAUUACAUUAUCACUAAACUUCACCUCGCACACUAUACUAUCACUAAUCAUCAGCUUGCACACUAUACUAUCACUAAACAUCACCUCACACACUACAUCAUCACUAAACAUCAUCUCAUACACUACAUUAUCACUAAACAUCACAUCGCAAACUACAUUAUCACUAAACAUCACAUCGCACACUACACUAUCACUAAACAUCACCUCGCACACUACAUUAUCACUAAUCAUCUCGUACACUACAUUAUCACUAAACAUCACCUCGCACACUACAUUUUCACUAAACUUCACCUUGCACACUACACUAUCACUAAACAUCACCUCGCACACUACACUAAUACUAAACAUUCCUCAGCUGGAUAUUAGGGCUUCAACUGCGAUGGGUAAACCAUGCACUAUUAUCUGUUCAUUAUCGAGUAUAAUUGCAUGAAUUAUGGAACCAUCUCUGUAGUACUGAGUUAGAUAACAUGAUAGGCACAUCACGUAAUAUACACUGAUCAGCCACAACAUUAAAAGCACCCGCCUAAUAUGGUGUAGGUCCCUUUCGUGCUGCCAAAACAGCUCUGAUGUGUUGAGGCAUCAUCUCCACAAGACCUCUGAAUGUGUCAUGUUGUAUCUGGCACCAAGACAUUAGCAGCAGAUCCCUUAAGUGCUGCAUGUUGCAAGGUGGGGCAUCCAUGGAUCAGGCUUGUUGUUCUAGCACAUCCCAUAAAUUCUCAAUCAGAUUGAGAUGUGGGAAAGUUAGAGGCCAAGGCAACACCUUUAACUCUUUGUCAUGUUCCUCAAACCAUUCCUAAAAAAUGUAUGUAGUGUGGCAGGGUGCACUAUCCUGCUGAAAGACUGCCAGCAGGAAACACCAUUGCCAUGAAGAGGUGUUCGUGGUGUGCAACAAUCUCUAUGUAGGUGGUAUGUGUCAAAGUAACAUCCACAUGAAUGCCAGGACCCAAGGUUUCCCAGCAAAACAUUGCCCAGAGCAUAAAACUGACUCCGUCAGCCUUCCUUCUUCUCAUAGUGCAUCCUGUUGCUAUCUCUUCUCCAGGUAAACACCCGGGCAUCCUCCUGAUCUGCAAGACAAGGUGAUUGAUCAGACUAGGCAACCUUAUUCCAUUGGUCCAGUUCUGUUGCUCAUGUCCCCUUUGAAGGCGAUUUUGGUGGUGAACAAGAGUCAUCACGGGCACAAUGACCGGUCUGCGGCUAUGCAGCCCCAUACAGGACAAACUGCGAUGCACUGUGUUUUCUGAUAACUUUCUACCAUAGAAAACAUUAACUUUUUUAGCAAUUUGAGCUACAGUAGCUCUUUUGUGUGAUUGAACUAGACAGACUAGCCUUCGCUCCCCACAGGCAUCAAUAAGCCUUGGACAGAAGGUGACAUCUGUGUUAGUCCUAUUCAGUGUUUCUAUGUAUGCCACAAUCUGGAAGCAAUAGCCAACAUUCACGUAUUCACAUCUGGUAUGAAGAAACAGUUCAUUGCCAACAACCCAUAGCAACUUUCUGAAAGGAAAAUUAGGUGGGCUGAGAUGUUACCAACAGCCCACAGGAGGGAAAUGAGCUAGUCAUGUUUCUAUCCAUGCUGGUUAAAAAGUGCAGAGUUACUGCUCAUUUGUCCACUGGGAAUAUCUGCCCUGUGUAAAAGCAUGGUUUGCACUGCGUAUGUAGCAAGGAACCCAUCAUCUCUGAAUCUGGGUUAGAUGAAUGGACAAAUAGGCAGCACUCAACACAUUAGGACUUCAAGUCAGAAUCUCAUGAUCUUAAGAUCCCUUAAGUCCUCCAAGUUGCAAGGUAGGGCCUCCAUGGAGCAAGUUGCAAGGUGGGGCCUCCAAAUAUGGUAAAUUCCUUAGGAACAGCCCCAAACUCUACAGUUUGUUCAGUGAAGAGAUGUGAUGUCACAGAAGCGGGAUUCAAUAGAUUUUGGGCACUUAGGCUGGAGUUCUAGAAGAUGGUGUCCAUUCAGUUCGAUGGCUUGGCCCUGUUUACCAUAAUGAUGAUUUGAAAAAACAUAUAUUAUAAUAAUUGUAGUGCUUGAAUGGUUCUUGUAAAAUAUUAAAUUGUCCGUCUCCAUAUUUUUAUAACAACUGACAUUUACUGAUUGUGUCUGUCUCGUUAACUAAAACAUGCAAUCUUCAUAACACACAGAAAUAAAAAAUAAAAGGCCGGAACUCAAGAAGUUUAUUUACUGAACACCACAUUGUACUAAAUAAAUAAAAAAAAAAUGAUUACACAAUGUAAAUUAAAAUAGCCAAGAUGCAGCUAUAGUUGAGAAGAGGACAUUUUCCAAAUUAGUUCUUUUAAUUCAACUUCUGCAAUUUGGUUUUCAAUUCACUACAAUUGGGUGUUUAUUGAAUAAACCCCCCAAGCAUAGAGGGGAGUUUACAAAAUGUGGGAGACAGGGUUUUGUUGGGAACCUGUUUUAUUGAUCGUUGCGCCCAACAAUAAUUAUAUAAUUUGUCAAUUAAGACAUCACACAAACCUCAAUUCUUGUUCCCCUAGAUGGUUAUCUCUUUAAAGCUGUGGCCUAUGAUGGUUGCCAUUGGAAUUUGCAUUUUGGUAUGUCUGGGGACGAUAGUUGAAGGUUAUCCUCCAAAACCAGAGAACCCUGGAGAUGACGCUUCCCCAGAGGAGAUGACAAAAUACCUGACAGCGCUUCGGCAUUACAUUAAUCUGGUGACACGGCAAAGGUGAGUAAAUCUCUUGUUAUUUCGCCUUGCAAAACUUAAUAUACAACUUUUACACUGACUCAUACUGCCCCGUGAACAGCAGCAUAUAUACUCAGACCUCAUAAACAUAAAUACCCAUCAAUGUAUCUUCUUUUACCUCAUAUUACUAAAUAUACCUCCUCUUGCCCCAUAUUAAUAAGUAUGCAUAGCUCUUAGAGCUCCAUAUAACCUCUCUCUAUAACUCCUCCUAUUACUCCAUAUAACCUCUCUCUAUAACUCCUCCUAUUACUCCAUAUAACCUCUCCCUAUAACUCCUCAUAUUACUACAUAUAACUCAUCCUAUUACUCCCUAUAACUCUUUCUAUUACUCCAUGUAAUCUCUCCCUAGAACUCCUCCUAUUACACCAUAUAACCUCUCUCUAUAACUCCUCCUAUUACUCCAUAUAACCUCUCCCUAUAACCCCUCCUAUUACUCCAUAUAACCUCUCUCUAUAACUCCUCCUAUUACUCCAUAUAACCUCUCCCUAUAACUCCUCCUAUUACUCCAUAUAACCUAUCCCUACACCUCCUCCUAUUACUACAUAUAACCUCUCUCUAUAACUCCUCCUAUUACUCCAUAUAACCUCUCUCUAUAACUCCUCCUAUUACUCCGUAUAACCUCUCUCUAUAACUCCUCCUAUUACUCCAUAUAACCUCUCUCUAUAACUCCUCCUAUUACUCAAUAUAACCUCUCUCUAUAACUCCUCCUAUUACUCUAUAUAACCUCUCCCUAUAACUCCUCCUAUUACUCCAUAUAACCUCUCUCUAUAACUCCUCCUAUUACUCCAUAUAACCUCUCUCUAUAACUCCUCCUAUUACUCCAUAUAACCUCUCUCUAUAACUCCUCCUAUUACUCCAUAUAACCUCUCUCUAUAACUCCUCCUAUUACUCCAUAUAACAUCUCCCUAUAACUCCUCCUAUUACUCCAUAUAACCUUUCUCUAUAACUCCUCCUAUUACUCCAUAUAACCUUUAUCUAUAACUCCUCCUAUUACUCCAUAUAACCUCUCUCUAUAACUCCUCCUAUUACUCCAUAUAACCUCUCCCUAUAACUCCUCCUAUUACUCCAUAUAACAUCUCACUAUAACUCCUCCUAUUACUCCAGCCUGUACUCUCUUUCUGUCUCCUAUUACUCCAAUAACCUCUUCCUGUAACUCCUCCUAUUACUCCAUAGCCUCUCCCUAUAGCUUCCUCCAAUUACUCCAUAUAGCCUCCUGCUCUACACCUCCAUACUGUGCCAUAUAGCCUCUCUAUAGCUCCCCUGUUAUAUGCUUACUCUCUCCUGCGCUCCCUCCUGUAUUACUCCAUAUAACCUCUCCCUAAGACUCCUCCUAUUACUCCAUAUAACCUCUCUCUAUAACUCCUAGUAUUACUCCAUAUAACCUCUCCCUAUAACUCCUCCUAUUACUCCAUAUAACCUCUUACUAUAACUCCUCCUAUUACUCCAUAUAACCUCUUACUAUAACUGCUUCUAUUACUCCAUAUAGCCUCUCCAUACAACUCUUCCUAUUACUCCAUGCUUCAUUAUCCCUAUAUUCUUCAUAUUAAUUAUUAAUAAGUUCAGGUAUUUCUGUAACAGGUAUGGGAAGAGAGACAGCCCAACUGACAACCUUCUUUCUGAGCUUCUGUAUGGGGACAGCGGGAACCACAAUAGCAGAUCACGGUAAGGAACGAGGAUUCCAGUCCUUUAUAAAAUAGGUUUUAGGUCAAAAUAAAUUUGCUCACAUAGGGUGAACAGCUACUAUGUAAUACAAAGUAAUUGACUCUAAAUACAGCACACUUGUAACACAAAAGCAAAUUUAAAAAAAAAAUAUAGUCCCCAAAAAAUAAAUAAAAAUAAAACAAAGAAAUAUAAAAAGUAGUUGCUGUGAUUAUUCCACUAGUAGUGCGUGCCUCACUCAGUUUAGACUGCAAUCAAGCAAUGAAGUUGAUGUCAUAGGGAAAGUGCUUGGAUACAGAAAUAUGCUGGGAGGAGGUGACAGAGGGUUUGGGAAGGUACAAAGUAAAAAAAAGCAGGUUGAAAUUGCUUGUUAAACGUUAAAUCGUGAAUAUGGGAUAGGAGUAAAAAACUGGGGGCAUAUGGCAUGAUUUAGCAGAAUAUGGCAUUAAAGGGAUUAGUGAGCUCUGCGUGUCAGUCUAGAGAGCCCGUCCUUAGUUUUAAGAAGCACCAUGUUUUUGGUCAGCCCUUAAUGUUAUUAUACUCUCUAUAUUGCUGAUGGCCUUUAGUCCAUUGAUACAAGGUUUCCCACCUGGGCAUAACUGAAGAAACACAAACUGUCCCAAACGGUGGCCUAUCACGGUGGCUUUACCCGUUAUUAUACCUUGUCUUAAUUGUGUUAAAGAAGGUUUUUAUUUUCAAAUCCCCAUUGCCUGAGAGUUUAUCAUUGUAGUUCUUAUCAGGAUAAAUACUGCUAUUUUUACUUCCAGUAGGUAGGAAACAAUGUAGGCAUAUGCACAAACUCAACAAUGUUUCCAGUAAGCAUUUUUAUAAAAAUGGAAUCUUCAGUAGUAACUCGGCAAAUUUCAUCCACUCUUCACACACUCUUACAAACUCUUACAAACUAACGGUAUGGGUAUUAUAAAGAAUAAACUGUUUCAGUGCUGGGAUGCUGUCUACAAAAAUAAUUAGGAGGACUGAUUUCUACCAAAAUUCAAUGGUUUUAUUCACAAAGUCCUAAUUAUAUUUAAGAGUCUUGGUGAGAGAAUUCGUCUCUCAUUAGACCAGAAAGGGACUUCAAUAGAAGGCAAGGCCUUUGUGUAUUUAGCAUUAAAUGUAACAGAAUACAAACACGGGAAAAACAAUGGAGAGACUCCAUCCCAACACUGGCCAAGUUGGACCAGUUUCAAUAGUAAUCCCGAGAGAGAAUAAUUCUCGAAUGUUUUCAUCCAGAAAUAUUUUAGACAUAUGGAACGUUUUUGAAUAUACUCUUAAAUCCCAAGACCUCAGGUUAGAGGGCUAGAUCAGGAGUAUUCAAGCUGGUCAAAGCAGACUGUCUUUAGGAAACAUUGGACCCAAACAAGUGAAGAGAGGAAACUUUUACCUAAUAAUGAAAGUAACUUUAUAUCAUCUUUAAUUAUUUGCCUUUCUGUUUUUUUCUGUUCCUAGGUUUGAUGAUUCUUCCUACAACUGGUGACCCUUGGAGCAUUCUCUCUUUCUCCCCUUCCCUGGAUGACCGCUCUCCCCUUUUCCCUUCUUUUUAACGUAUUGAUUAUUUUUAUGCCAUUUUGCAUUGUGACUGGGCGAUGCCUUUGCCAGGUGUAGUGGGCACAUGGCCUGUGUGUGUGUUUGCCAUCCCACCAGAGAUGCCUCUCCCGUGACACGCAGUCUGUGAUGUCUGACAGAGAAAUCCACUGUGUUCAGAAAUAAAAGCAAGUUUAAUGGAACCCACUUGGUUUGUUCUCUGAUUGAUUCAAAAACAAAAGAAAGGGAGAGUGAUAAAGAAAGAGAAAGGUGAAUAAGAGAGUGAAAUAAGAAAAGUGAAUGGGGCAGG